AUGUCGAAUGGUGAAUCGAAAACGGGGUCCUCUGAUGCUCCGGACAUAACUGAACUAUGCAAAGUUAUCUUGCCAGCGACUGUCAGGUCCGUCAGAAGUUCGGCAUCUCUUCCUUCCGCCGGGGAAAGCUAUGACUUCUAUCAGACAUAUCCGUCAUUUUCUUCGUUCCAGCGUCGGGUCAAUGAGAAGAUCAUGAAAAUUAUCACAGACCUGAACCUGCUCCAUGGAAGAUCAACUAAGCGAGAGCCUCUUCCUGACGAUCUUGUUGAGAGCAUCCUCGAAGCAAACGACCAGAUACUCGAGGGCGUCGGAAACAAACUUGAUGAAGCAUCUGGGAUCAACAAAGAUGCUGGGCCAAUUAUGCCAGAUGGACAAGUCGCAAACUCAAAAGAAAAAAUUAUCGCCGCUUCAUGGAAUCGCAGAUCAACAACGAUGGUGCAAGAUAAAUCGAAAUUGAAGUCCGCGGAGAAUAUUUCUAAGCCUCAGCUUUUGUUCCGCGAGAAACCGGACAAUACGAUCAUUCCCUUCGUCCCCCGUCUUUUCGAGAAGCCCCACUCGAUAAAACCCCUGCCUGAGCAGCUUGUAAAAGUCAGCGAAGACAGACACAAGACGGGAAAGCCACUUGCUUUGAUUCUUAAAGAAUUGGGCUCGCAGAUCGACACUUCUAUUUAUUCGCAUCCCUACGAGGAAGAAAUUAAAAACUGCGGCGUGCCGAGCGCUUCGGAUACUGUAACUGAAUCUCAAUCGCUUGAUGAAACCCCUCUUUCGGUCGUCGAGUCAACCCUUAGCUUCGAUCUGAUGCUCCAGGAACUUCGGGGAGAGUCUGAGCUCGCUGUAGAUCUUGAGCAUCAUCGAUAUCGAUCGUACCAAGGUUUCACUUGCCUUGUCCAAAUUUCUUCACGUAAGAAAGAUUACAUCCUUGACCCUUUGGCAGUAUGGGAAGAUAUGUACAAACUAAACGAAAUUUUCGCCGAUCCAAACAUCGUCAAAGUAUUCCACGGCUCCCGCAACGAUAUGGUUUGGCUACAAAGAGACUUCGGGGUCUAUGUAGUGAACUUGUUCGAUACUUUCUUUGCUGCGAAGAAGCUUGAUUUGGCCAAGAAAUCGCUUGAUUAUCUUCUCCAACAUUACUGUAAAGUGCGCUUGGACAAAAGAUUUCAGUUAGCAGACUGGAGAAUGCGGCCCAUUCCGCCAAAUAUGCUUAGAUAUGCUCGACAAGAUACGCAUUAUCUUCUCUAUGUUUACGAUAGAUUGAGGGUCGACCUGGAAAAACUGGAAUUCGGAGGAACAAGGGAAGUUUUUCGUCUGAGCCGGGAAUACUCUUUGUCUAAAUAUGAAAAGCCAGUAUUCUCUGAAACUGAUUACAAAAAGUUGUACGAGAGCAAGAACCGAAAGAAAUUCAACAAUCAGCAACUGGAAGCGCUCAAAUUUCUCUACGCGUGGCGUGAUCAAGUGGCCCGUUUCGAAGAUGAAAGUACGGAAUACGUGAUUCCAAAUCAUAUCCUGCUUCAAAUUGCUGAAAUUCUUCCUCGAGAGCAGCAGGGCAUUCUUGCUUGCUUUUCUUACCAACCUGUCAUUGUCAAGCAAAAUCUUCAUCUCAUUCAUAAGCUGAUAAAACGCGCUAGAGAAACGCCAUUACAAGAGAACGAUGAUCCAGCAGAGCUUCCAAUCAAGAAAAUUUUCAUCCAGGAAAAUGAUGAGGACGAGCUUCAUGACAUAAAGGAUGAAUCGACAGAGUCUGGUAUCGAAGAAGACAUCGUUCCAAUAAAAGUGAAGACGUCAUCGGCAAUGUCCGCUGUCUUCAAUUUCAGCAACGACCCGCCACCUUCGAAGAAGGCGAUUUCGAAAGAAGUCAACAACACUUUUGCUGAUCCGUUGAAUGAACAAUCAAUUCCGUACCAGCUCUAUUUGAGGCCGCAGAAAGUAGAAACGAUUGAUGCAGAAGAUAGACCAGAGAAAAUUUGGAAAGUGCGUCCGGCAGCGCCGCUGAAAGAGGAAAAAGAAGAGGUCGAAAAUUCGAAUUCUUCGUUGCCGGAGCGUGAAAAAGGAGAGCAGAAAGAAGAGCGAAUCAGUAUCAACGAAAUGAAGGGCAAGAGAAAGAGCGACGGGGCGAUUCCUAACGCGAAGAGACAAAAAGUAUCUCCUGUACAAGCUUACAACUUUGGGAAAAAGGACUUUAAAAUAUUUGGACAACACAAAGUGGUCGAACAGAUGAACCAGAAGCAUCAAAAGGGGAAGAAGGGAAAGAAAGCAGAACGAAAGAGCGCUCCAGGCGCCCCUGGAUUUUUCACGGAGCCGAACUUCGGAAAGAUGAAUCAAAAAUCGAAGGCGAUGAAGAAUGCGGUCAAAAAACUGAUGUCAUCAAGAUCGAAAAUAGCGCUGGUUAUUACUGGUAUUUGGGCUGCUGGGGGAAUGGCCUACAACCAAAUUUACGACCAGUCUCAGGCCAAACGGAGGAGGCAAAACAUCUUGAACGAUAUUGAACGAAAUCGGGAAAAACUCGAGCUGCGAGAGAAAAACAAGGCUCUUCAGGACGCUCAGAUUGCUCUACGAAAAGCGCUUGAAGAAGGGACUAAACCUGCUGAAACUGUUGUAAGCUCUUCAUAA